GCUGGCUUGGACAACAAGUCGUUCCUGUGCUGUUCAAUCUUUAAGUGCCAAGUUCGUACGCAUACAUAAACGGCCCGCAAGCCGGCAAUGCGUGCUUGAAGAAAAUUUAAAGGGCCACGGCCUCGAGUGCAUUGCAUUGCAUGCAUUACUGGCAUCAAUCAGUCCGACUCCAAUUCCCACCAUGGGCUCCAUCCCUAAACACCACGUUGCGCCCACGUUACCCGCCAUGUCCUCCCUUCGUCGCCCCCUGCUCUUCAAUGAGGCCGCGAAAACAUGGACUGCCCCGGUCGCCCUCACCGCCGAGGAGAAGCAUGCCAUUGACACGUUCCACGGCCAGUUUCCUGGCGGGCCGACGCGGCUAGUCAGUCUCGACGACAUCGCCUGCGAGCUUGGCGUAGCGGCCGUGUACCUCAAAGACGAGAGCCACAGGUUUGGCCUGCCGGCGUUUAAGAUCCUCGGCGCCUCCUGGGGUACAUACCGGGCCCUCGCCAGGCGGCUCAACCUUGCCAUUGACACGCCUCUGCCCGCCCUCAAGGAGGCACUUGCAGGCGAAACAGUCACCCUUUAUGCUGCGAGCGAGGGCAAUCAUGGACGAGCUGUUGCUCGGAUGGGGUCGCUGCUCUCCAUUGCGGCGGAGAUUCACGUACCUCAUGAUAUGCACAGGACGACCAAGGAGGCACUCGAGAAUGAGGGGGCCAAGGUUGUUGUCAAUAGCGGCACCUAUGAUGACGCACUCGAGACGGCCAAGAAGGCUGCCGAGAGCGAGGGCGGAGUGCUGGUACAAGACUUUUCUUUUCAAGGCUACGAGGAUAUCCCCAAAUGGAUCGUCGACGGUUACAUGACGAUGAUGCGAGAGAUCGACACGCAGCUCAAGGACAGCCCUCCCAGCCUUGUAGUGUGCCCCGCGGGAGUGGGCUCGUUUGCCCAGUCCGUCGUUUCCCACUUCAAGCGGCAAGGAAGUCGCGCCAAGGUGAUGACGGUCGAGCCCGACACGGCAGCCUGCGUUUACAAGAGCAUCCGGAGCGACGAGCUUGUCACGGUACAGACGCACGCGACCAUCAUGGCUGGCCUCGACUGCGGGACACCCUCGCCUAUUGCUUGGCCAAUUCUCAAGGCUGGCGUCGACGCUUGCUCGACAGUUUCGGACUGGGAGGCCCACCAAGCCACUGAGUAUCUCACGACUCAGGGCGUGUUCCCCGGAACGUGCGCUGCCGCGCCCCUUGCCGCCGUUCGACGCCUGACCAAGGGCGACAAAUCUAGCUUAGGGCUUGACAGAAACUCCGUGGUGGUACUGUUAUGCACCGAAGGCUCAAAGGAGUAUGAGACACCGAUGGAUGUGUCGAUGGAUGAUGCCGUGGAGCUGACACAGGCUCUCGUCCGCAUCAACUCCGCGAACCCAUCACUUGGAUCAGUCCCUGGCCCCGGGGAAUCUGAAAUCGCUCGGUUAAUCGCGGCUUGGCUAGAACACCGCGAUAUCGAGACCCACUGGAUCGAGCCUACCAAGGGUAGGCCAUCGGUUGUGGGCGUUGUGCGUGGCUCAGGGGCUGGCAAGAGCCUCAUGUUCAACGGCCACAUCGAUACGGUAACAACACUUGGGUACGACGACGAUCCGUUGAGCGGCGAGAUCAGGUGUGGGAAACUCUACGGUAGGGGCGCCGACGAUAUGAAAUCCGGUGUCGCCGCCGCCUUGGUGGCGCUCGCUGCGGCCAAGACGCAGAACCUCAGGGGCGAUGUCAUCUUCACCGGCGUCGCAGACGAAGAGGCCAUGAGCAUAGGCACUGAGCAAGUCCUCGAGACUGGCUGGCGCGCCGACGCUGCCAUUGUCAAUGAGCCAACGGGCGAACUUAUUGUCCACGCCCAUAAGGGUUUCGUCUGGGCCGAGGUGGACGUUCACGGCGUCGCUGCCCACGGCUCUCUCCCUAGCGCCGGCGUUGACGCCAUUACAAAAGCCGGCUACUUCCUGGUGGAGUUGGACAAGUACUCGGACAGGCUGCUUCAGGGCUGGGACGACCCCGUCAUGGCGCCGACCGUCCAUGCGUCGACCAUCAAAGGCGGCGAGGAACCGUCCUCGUACCCGGCACUCUGCACUGUGGUGCUCGAACGACGGACCGUGGGCGGCGAGACCCGAGGGACGGUCGAGUCUGAGCUCCGGAACAUCCUGGACAAGCUCUCCAAGAGCGUCAAGGAUUUCCAGUACGACCUGCGCAUCACCUUUGACCGCCCUCCCUUCGCCAUUGAGACGGACCAUCCCUUCGCUGCGCUAGUCAGCGACAUCGUCUCCGAGUCACUAGGGAGGAAGGCGAAGUUUAUCAAGGAGCCCUAUUGGACAGACUGCGCUCUCCUCGCAUCCAAAGGUAUUCCCGUCCUCCUUUGGGGCCCAAAGGGAGAUGGCCUCCAUGCAAAAGAGGAAUGGGCAGAUGUUGAAUCCAUACAGCGCGUUGCCAAGGUACUGAGUAGAGUUGCGAGCAGAUUUUGUUCCUGAUAGGUAGAGCUGGGAGCCGCACAACAGCGGCAACUCACGAUUCUUCGAUCAGGUGGUUGCCUUAAAAUGUAGCCUUUCCCGCAAGACGUGGUCUAGCGUCAGCCACACAAUGCUCGCUCGAUGAUUUCUGAACGAGCAGUGAGCCGCAUUACAACUCAAAAAGAAAGGCGCCCGCCCAAUUAUAUGAAGCCAAAGCGCAACUCCAGUUCCUCAUGUCCUUGGUCGGCUGCAUUCUUUGUCCAACGCCGCGGCGACGACCUCGCCGAAUCGCUCCGCAGAAUGCUUCGCAGCCUUGACAGGGUCAUGCAUGAUGGCCCAAAACGUCCCCCGUAUCUCCUUCGUGGGGCUCAACCCAGUAGCCGACUGAUACCCCAUGGCCUCCAACGCCGUGUGCACCGCCCGCGUCAGCCGUCGCUGCGUCAGGUUGCGCACCACUGCCGGUCCGGCGCCGAAGGUCGUAACCAUGAUCCACAGCGGCUGCUCGCUGGCCUUGCGGGCGUAAUCGGCCUUCUUCAUCGCAACGAGCGGGUGGCCGCGAGGGUCGAACCAUUGCAAGUCGUGCGGGUGAAGGAUAUGCUUCGGGCUGAACGCCAACGAGACAUUGAAAUCCUUUCUGACCUUUUGCAGAUCCGGGCCGGCGAAAAAUUGACUCAUCCUUCCAUUGUCGGGCUCGAUGU